AUGCUGAUCACACAUCCAAUACUGGGACUUGAGGAACUCUGGCACUGGGAGGAGAGCACCGUUCCUCAUGUACUGGUUGGUGAUUCUUUGCAAAAUUACUGCCGACGUCAUGAUUAUCCGGAGACGCUUAUUUGCCAUGAUAUGAAAGGAGGAUAUCUCGCUGAAGACAGGUAA